AUGGAUUGCAUCUAUGGUGUGGAUUUGGAGGAGUUGUGCCCAGUGUGUGGCGACAACGUGUCUGGCUAUCACUAUGGUCUGCUAACAUGCGAAAGCUGCAAGGGCUUCUUUAAGAGGACAGUCCAGAACAAUAAGCGCUACACUUGUGCAGAGAGCCAGGAGUGUAAAAUUGACAAGACACAGAGAAAGCGCUGUCCUUUCUGCCGCUUCCAGAAGUGCCUCACCGUGGGUAUGCGACUCGAAGCAGUUCGAGCAGACCGAAUGCGAGGUGGCCGAAAUAAGUUCGGGCCAAUGUACAAGCGAGACCGGGCCUUAAAGCAGCAGAAAAAAGCUUUAAACCGGGAGAGUGGGCUAAAGAUGGAGUCCAUGCCACCUGUCAUGUCACCUACCCAGACAGACUAUGCCCUCAAUAGCACGUUGCCCAAUCUGCCAGACAUUUCCAGCAAUAAAAACAUCCUCCUAAACAUGCCCUCUUCCACCACAUCCCCAGAGUAUGAGCAGGGCCUGUACCCCACACCUGGCUGUAUGAGCCUGGGUUCUCACAGCCCACUGCCUUCUCAGUAUUCUUACCAAUCUUUGCCCUGUCGCACCAUCAAAUCUGAGUUUCCUGACCACUACGCCAGUAGCGGCUCUCCAGGUUCCACUGGGGGAUACACUUACACUGAUCAGACUCAGACUAUGAGCUCACCUACACCUCACACAGGCCUUGACUUGCCGGCACUGGUUUUGGAGUUUGUGCGCUGUGAACAGGAUGAGCUGCUGGUACGGAGUAAGAUCAGCACUCACCUGACACUUCUACAACAGAACCAGAGCUCCACUGAACCACUCUCAACCUUCGGCUUAAUGUGCCACAUUGCAGACCAAACACUAUUCUUCAUUGUGGAAUGGGCAAGAAGCUGCAACUUCUUCAAAGAACUCAAGGUAGGGGAUCAGAUGAAGCUACUGCACAACUGUUGGAGUGAGCUACUGGUGCUUGAUUAUAUCUCCAGACAGGUCCAUCAUGAUGAACAAGACAGUAUUUUGCUCAUUACUGGACAGAAGGUGGAUCUGACUUCGUUGCUGACUCAGGCAGGGGCAACCCUGGGUGAGUUGGUUCGAGGGACACAGCAACUGGCCCAGCAUCUUCAGGAGCUACAGUUAGACUGCAGAGAGAUCAUCUGUUUAAAGUACCUCAUCCUGUUCAAUCCUGAUGUAAAGCUAUUGGAAAACCAGGAAUAUGUGGAAAAUGUGUAUCACCAGGUGAGUGGUGCAUUACUGGAAUACACAUUGUGUGUAUAUCCACAGCACGUGGACAGAUUCAGUCAGCUGCUGCUGCAUCUUCGAGAGCUACGAGUUCUAAGCACUCAGGCGGAGGAUUACCUGAGCUAUAAACACCUCAAUGGAGAUGUUCCAUGCAACAAACUGCUCAUAGAGAUGCUACAUGCCAAGAGAGCCUGUGUCUGACAUAGAGACACCAAAUUCUACACUUGUACAAAUACAAAUAUAUAUGUUUGUAUAGUUAUGCACAGAAAAGAGAAAAUAUGUAUGUGUGGGGUAGCUCUUAGACAGAAUAAGUAUUGUACAGGCAUGUCUCUGUUCAUUUUGAGCUAAUAUAAUCUGUCUUAACCAUGACAAAAGGCCCUGUCUAUACAGCAGAUAUUCAUAGAUAAAAUAAAGGCAUGUUCUAUGUGAACUUAGAGCUACAUAGAUGUUUCCAACUCUUUCUGAUCUCUGUUUGAAGAUUAUGUGGUGGUCAAAUAAAUCUUUUGUACCUGCUUGUCCAUCAGUUCUCAUCGAAACCUGGGAUUUUUUCACAGCUUCAGUGUGAGUUCUCUGAAUAAGGUAAAAAAGUGAAUAAAGAAGCAUGCUUACAUAUAACAGGAGGUAAAACUUCAGAUCUAGGAUCAUUUCAAAGAACAAGGAGUAAUAGCUGAAAGUGUAUGUUUUUCAUAUACAUUAUAAACAUAGAUAACAAUCUUAUUUGGUAUUUGGGAGACAUGUUUGUAUUCUCAGUAAAAGGAAAAUAUAUUUUAAAAAGCAUAAAAUGCAAGUACAGUAGCUAAAAUUAGAUUUUCCUACUGUCGCAUGGAAAUUCCUGUGGUUCUACAGUGGUCGUUGGUUUACUGUCACAUAGGCUGUAAGUAUGGUUAGUGUAUGUGUGAUUAUUACUAACAAUGCUUGUGCCAUCUUUCUUGUAAUUUGAACAUAAUGGAUAGCUGUUUAAUUUAAACUCAUUAUAAUGGAAGCCUAAGGGCAGUUGUUCAACUCUGUCAAUAAAUCUUUAAGUGCACUAUAUUUUUGUUGAAUGCAUUCAUGAAUUGUUCAAAGGUAUUUGUAA